UUUUCAGAAAUGUUGUUAUCACCGGAGCAAUUCUCGCGGCUUAGCGAAUAUGCGGCAUAUUCUCGGCGAAAGUUGAAAGAUAUGUUGAGCGAUUUUCAGCAAGACGGGAAGUUCUACUCAUAUCUUUCAGUUGAUGGGCAGACUAUAAAUAUUGAUGGUUUUCGUGCGUUUCUUAUCGAUUACUUUGGAGCGGAUCUUCCCAGUGAUCUUGUGGAUCAACUGUUCCUUUCAUUCUCCAAGCCACCAAUAAAAGAGCGGCGAACAAGUCUAUUCGAAGAUGCGAUUUCAACUGUCAGAGCAAAAUUCAGUGAAUCGUUAUCCGGACGAAUGGCUGGACUGAAUAUUGCAGGAGGAUCAGGUCAACAAACGGAUAGGAGUCAAAGUAGUGAACCGCAAGCGCUUGUUUGCAUUCCAGAAGAUGAUGUAAUGGGGCCAAGAGUUGCCAACAAUGAUUCCCAGGAGCCUAGAAUUCCACUGAAGCCUCUAAUUUGCACUCUUUCUCUACUUGAAGCCGACACACCUGAAAACAAACUAGAUGUCGUUUUUCAUGUCUACGAUUCCGAUGGAAAUGGGUUUCUGGACAAAUCUGAAAUCGACGGAAUCAUUGAGCAGAUGAUGAAUGUGGCAAGAUAUCAACAAUGGGAUACAAUUGAACUGGAACAGGUUAUUCGCCAAAUGAUGGUUGACAUUGAUUACGAUAAUGAUGGAAUUGUAUCAUUCGAUGAAUGGAGACGAGGAGGACUUACAAAUAUUCCUUUGCUAGUUCUUCUUGGUUUUGACACGGAAAUGAAAGAAGAUGGGUCUCAUGUUUGGCGUCUUCGUCAUUUUACAAAGCCAACUUACUGCAAUGCGUGCUGCAGUAUUCUAGUUGGAUGGGGUGGAAAGCAAGGGCUCAGUUGUUCAUUAUGCAAAUACACGGUUCAUGAAAGAUGUGUCAGAUCGGCUGCCACAAAUUGCAUUCGAACUUAUUCAAGUAGACAGCAAGACAAACUAUAUCAUCACUGGCAAGAUGCAAAUGCAACCGCUAAAUGUGUCAAAUGCAAAGCAACAGUCGGAGUUUUUCAAGGGAAAGGGUGUCGGUGGUGUCAUAAUUAUGUUCAUCAUAGAUGUAUGUCUGCACUUGCUCAAGAGUGUGAUCUCGGUGCUUUAGUCCACCAUAUUCUCCCACCAACGCAUAUAUUUCCUGCAUUUCUGGAACGUAAAACUUCAACAUCGCUGAAAAAUCACAACUUCAGCUCCCACAGUGCCAGUCUCCUUCAGGCCGUAUCUCCUAGCAAUGAUUGUCGUCCUCUCCUAGUUCUUGUCAAUCCGAAAAGUGGUGGGAAACAAGGAGUCAAGAUUCUACAGAAAUUUGAAUAUCUUCUCAAUCCAAGACAGGUCUAUGAUUUGAGUAAAACUGGCCCUGAACCAGGACUUCAAUUAUUUUCCACUUUGAAAAACUGUAACAUUUUGGUAUGUGGAGGUGAUGGAACAAUUGGAUGGGUAUUGGAAUCAAUGGAUAAAAUGACAUUUCCACAUGGAAGACCACCCGUCGCAGUUUUACCAUUGGGAACUGGAAAUGAUUUGGCAAGAUGUCUUCGAUGGGGUGGUGGAUAUGAAAAUGAGAAUUUGCAUAAAAUAUUGGAACAAAUUGAAAAAUCAAGUCUAAUUGAUAUGGAUCGAUGGCAGAUUAAAAUAGAAAUAACAGAGAAUAAAAGUGCAAGAAGAGCAAGUGAAAAAGGAGAUACACCACCAUACAGUAUCAUUAAUAAUUAUUUUUCUAUUGGAGUGGACGCCUCAAUUGCUCACCGAUUCCAUGUGAUGAGAGAAAAGUUUCCUGAAAAGUUCAAUAGCCGGAUGCGAAACAAGUUGUGGUACUUUGAGUUAGGUACAAGUGAGACCCUAUCAAGUUCUUGCAAGAACUUACACGAGCAAAUUGAUAUUUUGUGCGAUGGAGAAUCAAUCGAUCUUGGACAAGAUGCAUCACUUGAAGGAAUUGCUCUUUUGAAUAUUCCAUCAAUUUACGGAGGAUCUAAUUUAUGGGGAAGGAGUCGAAAAUCUAAAGGAAGAAUGCCUGGGCUGUUCCCAAUGAAAAAUGCCGAGAAAAUGCAAUUACAGACAAGAGUUCAAGAUAUUGGAGAUGGUCUCAUUGAGUUAGUUGGAUUGGAGUCAGCAAUGCAAAUGGGACAGAUUAAAGCGGGUGUACGUGGAGCAAGACGGCUUUCUCAAUGUUCAACUGUUGUGAUUCAAACACACAAAUCAUUUCCCAUGCAAAUUGACGGGGAACCAUGGAUGCAACCUCCUUGCAUCAUUCAAAUCACACACAAAAACCAAGCAAAAAUGCUUGUUGCUGCAGCUCCACGAAAACGAAGCUCCUGGAUGCUUCUCAAACGACAGUCCACAAAUGACGAUAACUGAUUUUUUAAAAAAUUUCAUUUAUAUACACAAUUUCUAUAAUUUGAAUGAGGGAAUUGAAAAUAAUUUAUUAAUAAUUAUAGCACUUUUUGUUUGACAAAAAACAUGAAAAUGGCACCGGUGAAAUAUUUGUCAAGAUGGUUUCAAUAAACUUGACUACAAGAUUUGAAAA